AUGGUCCUUGUGCUGGUUGUGAUGGCGGCCACGGGCGGCAAGGCCGCGAUGGAGAGCUUCGUCAACGACCGCGAGGCGCUGAGGGCUGGCGGCAGGACGCAGCACGGGCGGCUGAGGCUCUUCGGCUUCCUAGAAGUGUCUAGGAAGUGCCGCUUCUCGGAGCUGGCGGGUCUGCUGUGCCGCUUCUCGGAGCUGGCGGGUCUGCUGUGCCGCUUCUCGGAGCUGGCGGGUCUGCUGUGCCGCUUCUCGGAGCUGGCGGGUCUGCUGUGCCGCUUCUCGGAGCUGGCGGGUCUGCUGUGCCGCUUCUCGGAGCUGGCGGGUCUGCUGUGCCGCUUCUCGGAGCUGGCGGGUCUGCUGUGCCGCUUCUCGGAGCUGGCGGGUCUGCCUUCCUGCCUGGCCAGAGCAGCCGCACGGGUUGAGGGCUACCUGGAGGGGUCGGCGCUACGCCUCUUCCUGCACCGCCAGGCGCCGCCGUGCGCCACCGGCACACUCGGCCUCUUCGCCGCCUACCUGCCGGGCGUCCGGCCGAGGACCUUCUGCGCGAUUGUGGUGUUUGGAGACCUGCUGUGGAUCCCGGUGUUUGGAGACCUGCUGUGGAUCCCGGUGUUUGGAGACCUGCUGUGGAUCCCGGUCUCUGCGGCGGUGGCGGAGAAUGGUAAACUCGUGUCUACUCACCUCGUCGGCUCCAUCGGCUGCCUCUCCUCGUGCGCCGGCUGCCUCUCCAUCCAACCGCUUCUGCGUCCCCUUCUCUGCCCGGUGCUCGCGUGUCGCGAUGUCGCUCUGCCGAGAGGGUCAUCGCCGGCGUAG